AUACAUUCAAGAGGCUUACUCAUCGAUGUAUCGAAUGGCAUAACAUCAAAACCAUUCGUGUCGUAAAUAUUUAUGCAUUAAUCACACACAACAGCGAAAACGAUACACACAAACACACAGACAAUCAAGUACCCAUACAAAAAAUUGUUUCAUAUUGAAGCACGUACUGACCUAACAUCAAUGCUGCAUCACAAUCUGACCAUUUCGUUCACAAAAGUCGCAUUUACAUUGUCUUGCGUCUUCGAAGCGAAAAAAUAAUAAAUAAAUUACCAUAUAGAAAUCAUGUCGAAAAGUGUCGGAAUUUCAAAAUAGUGUUUUAAUCAAAUUCAUCGAAAAAGUGCAGUGGAAGAGUGAUGGUAGAAGAAAGAGAAAAUAAAAUAGCAGUCUCAAACGAAGAAAAAAGAAAAUGCAUCUCAGUGGAAAAAUUUGUGGGAAUUGUGUAAAAGAAAGACUGUCAUUAAUCUAAAAAUCGGCUGUUGUCACGGUGGCGACAGUGAGUCGACCGAAUUUUUUGGUUUUUGCUUAUUGUGCUAGCGCUAAUUUGUUGUUUAUAAAAUUGAGUUUGUAGUCAAAGACGCCAGCAAAAGAAAAAAACAUGAACAUUUCGCCGUCUUUUUGGUGGAUGUGCAAUUGAAAAUGGAUCAAAUCAAUCAGAAAUCACAACGAGAAGCGAAAAAAACUUCACCCAAAUUAUUACGAAAUAGCCUCAGCUCGUUGACACAGUGCGCUAGUUGCUUGAACGAUCUUGAUGAUCGGAUCAUUUCGGCGUUGGGACAAAAUUGGCACACAGACUGCUUCCGAUGCUCCGUUUGUGAUGAACAAUUGGCUAAUUGGUACUUUGAGAAGGAUGGAUUGCUUUUUUGCCGAGAUGAUUAUUUGCAGCGAUUUGGCGAAGCAUGUCAACAAUGCUCUGCCUCGAUUAGUGGACCGGCCAUGAUUGUUGGCGAACAUAAAUUCCAUCCAGAAUGCUUUUGCUGCGUUUCGUGCCAGCAGUAUAUCGGAGAUGGUGACUCAUAUGCACUGGUUGAACGGUCGAAACUAUUUUGUGGAAAUUGCUACCGAACCAAAAUCGAUAAGACUUCAGUCAAGUCAAUUGAAUCACCGACAUCGUUGUCGGAUAUUUUAGCACCGUCCUCAUCAUCGCACCAGCCUCAAAAGACGCUUCCGCACUCCAUACGUUUAGUAGAAAUUCCGUGGUCGAACGAAAACAAAGCCGCCCUUCGGCUGUCAAUCGACGACAGUCAAAAUGGCAUCACACCGAUGAUUGCCACCAAACAUAAUGGAAUUCGUAUUUCACAGGUUGAUGUGAGAAGUGACUCUCUGCGUGUGGGCGAUAAAGUGCUCGAAGUGAAUGGCACACCGGUGACGGGAAAGUCUAUCGAAAAUAUUGACGAUCUAAUCAAAAGCAGCAACGAUGUGCUGCAACUGACCAUUGAGCAUGACCCACAUCGAUUAACGAAGUCAAUGUCUGAAGCAACCAUUGUAACAACUCAACCGAUCGCUCUCGAUGUUGAAACCAUUCCAAAAUGUUACAAUGUAUGCUGUAGUCGUUCGCCGUCAGUUCGGGAGCCAUCAACCGGUAAAACCGAACGAAUUUACAUGAAGCAAAAUUCACAGAACGAUGCCAUCCCAAGCAGUCCACAGUCACCUUCCAAUUCAUACGUUUGCGGUACCAAAACUCAGCAGUUAUGCAAAACUAAAGCGUUCAACUUGAAUUGUGUCAUCGGGACGAAUAAUCUACGGAAUCAAAAGGAACGAUGCUCAAGUAUGUCAAAGCUUCUCGAUGAAAAUCACCCGCCAACGGUGGAAUUCUACGAUCUUUCGCGCACGAAAUCGUUUCGCGUGGACACACAAGAGCCGACACAGCGUAUUUUUCGGGCUAGUGAUCUUGUGAUUGGCGAGCUUCUUGGCAAAGGUUUCUUUGGUCAGGUAUUCAAAGUGACUCACAAAAUUACAAAGGAAAUAAUGGUGCUAAAAGAAUUAUAUCGAGUUGAUGAAGAAGCUCAACGAAAUUUCCUAAAGGAAGUAGCGGUGCUUCGAUCGCUAUCUCAUAGCAAUGUACUUCGAUUCAUCGGAGUGUUGUAUCGUGACAAGAAGUUGCAUUUAGUUACGGAAUACGUUCCGGGCGGCUCAUUGAAGGAGCUUAUCCAUAACAAUGACCUAGUGUUGCCGUGGGAUUGUCGUAUUCGAUUUGCCAAAGAUAUCGCUUGCGGAAUGAACUACUUACACUCGAAAAAUAUUAUCCAUCGAGAUUUGAACUCAUUAAAUUGCCUGGUUCGUGAAGAUAAAACGGUAAUUGUAGCCGAUUUUGGACUGGCGCGCAUCAUUAAGUCAGGCAAUUGCAAGAAUAGCAACCGAUUGACAGUGGAUGGAAAUGGAACUGUCAAUAGGAAAUAUAGACAAAGGAGGCAACGGUAUACGGUCGUUGGAAAUCCAUAUUGGAUGGCUCCAGAAAUGAUGAAAAUGAUGAAAUACGAUGAAAAAGUGGACAUUUUCUCCUUUGGCAUCGUCUUAUGUGAGAUCAUUGGCCGAGUUCAUGCUGAUCCAGACUAUUUACCGCGAACAUCUGAUUUUGGCCUGAACCAAAUGGUAUUCCGCGAAAAAUUUUGCGCAGAUAGCCCCGAUUUGUUUUAUAAAAUCGCAUUUUUGUGCUGCGAUUUAAACCCUGAUGCGAGACCCUCCUUCGAAGUGUUGGACGUGUGGCUGGAAAAUUUAGCCAAGCACUUAGCUCAAGGGAGAAAUUUCUCGGCAAAAAUUCGAUACGAUAUUGAAAACUUCAAAGACACUGGAUUCGAGAAAUUGGAUUCGCCACCGUCAGUGAAACCAACCGACACAAGACUGUCAAUGUCUCGAUCGCCGUCGCCUUUAAGUAAAAAGUCUGAUUUUAUUGUAAACAAUAGCAAUGUGACUGAGAUAGAAGCAAUACCAAGCAUGGAUAUCGAUGACAGUGGACCCAGUUCGAUAAUAAUGCCGAUGGCGGAUGUAAGCACGACCAAUGGUAUUAGCUUCAGCAGUCCAAAUAGCAAUAGCAAGCACACGAGUAGCUCAUUUGACAAUAAUCGUAGUCAUAGUAGUAGUUUUAGUGCAAAUGAUAAAACCACUGAUCAAGUGCCAUCUUCGAAUGAAAAUACGCCCAGCGAAUAUUCGCCGUUUAUUCGGGAAAUCCCAAAAUCACCGCAUCUCAGCAAGGACUUCUCGCCGAAUGGGGAGCGAUUGCGGAACAGUCUUCGGUUUCGUCGUCAGGAGAGAUUACAAAAGCAGCGGUCGCUUCGGUCAUUGGCUAAUAUGAUCAGCCAGCAAAGUUCAUGUUCAUGGGACAGUGGCAAUGAAAAUUCAAUCUCAUCGGCAAACACCGAUGAUUUUGACUCGGACCGAGGACCAAAUUACUUCAGUUUCCCAAAGAUACCACUCAGCGAUGCGAAUAAUAUCAAGCAAAUUGGGAAAAAGUCCAAGCCGUACGGUGAAAAGGGUUUCAUUAUCCAUGUGAACGAUGGAUCACUUACGCUGAACGAUGUCAAAGACUUAAACAAUUGUUAUUCUGAUGAUUUUGACUCGAGCUGUGACACCAGUCUCAAUUACAUCGAUACCGACUCGCUCAAUGUGACCAUUGAGUCGGAAAGUAAUCCCCAAUCGAUCGAAGCCAAAUUUAUUUCACCCAAAACGUUGAAAAAUUCAACAUUCGAAGUGGCACUACCCGAAAAUGAUGAAUCUCUCGACGAAAUAAAAUACUCUCUGGACGAAGUACGUGAGAAUUUGAAUAAGUGCAAGUCAAAAUUGGAAGCAUUGGAAAUUUUCGAUGCAAAAAUUGCGAAGAAAACAGCAAAGACCAAGUUGAAACAACCAAAAGUAUCAUUGAAUGACAUGUUUUUCCCUGGCAAAAAUGUGGACCAUUUUGAUUUAGUCGUCACAAAGCCACCAAACAUGUCCGUUUUUACACGAUUGCACCCAGUCUCAUCACCCAUUUUAAAUAGUCGAUCAUCAAACCAAAAAACGAUCAGCGAUCAACAACCGAAAAAAUUCCAAACCAAACGAGGUGUUGACACACAAAAUGGCACCGCAAAUAAAAUGGCCCAAAAGAAUUACUGCAAAAAUACGUUGACAUUCAUUGAGAAAAUUAGCGAUGGCCUAAAUGAUCGCCACCAAAAACCACAGGACAAAAAAAUUGGCAAUAAAAAAGUGAAUAGCUCGACCACACAAGAUAUACUCACAAGAAAACCCCCAGCACCAACAUCACCAAAGAAACUACCGACAACCGUUCGACCCAACGACAAACAAAAGAAACCCAAUCCACAUUCAUCACCCACCCGAAAACGGCUGUAAAAACCGACUCAAUCAUCCUUCGAAUUUUAUUAGAUUUCAUACAUUGUACCUUUUUAAGCAAUACCUCGACACACUCACACUCCUCAGUAGUUGCAUUCCACUUAAUUGAUGAUCUUUUUGAUUUCACUUGUGCGAAUUUAUUGACCCUAAACAUACGUUACUUUUUAAAUGGUGUGCGUUAGUGUAUUGUUCGCUUCCGUUUUAUUCAUGACCCAGUAGAUUUUCUCUCUAAAGACAUUCCACAUCGACAAAAGACAAUAUUUUUUAUAUCGACCCAUUUUAUUGAAGGGCGAAUUAUUGGUAGUUGAAAUUUUUGAAAUGGAUUUUUCUUUCGAAAUGAAAGAUUAUUUGGAUUUUUUUUAUUGAUUGAGUGAAACAAAAAAAUUUUUUCUUUUCAAAGAAGUUUUUAGGAAUUUUUUUGCAUUGGAAAUAAGAUGUUUUAAUAGGCAAUUGUUCAAUUUGAACAAAUAUUCACAUAAUACGACGCUUGAACAUUUUGAAUAGCAAAAGUUAAAAUUUUGAACAUUAGAAAUUUUGCCAAAAUAUUGAGAUUUUAAUUGGAUAAUUUUUUUUGAAAAUUUUGGAAUUUUUAAACAUAAAUUUUCUGCCAAAAAUAUGAGAUUCUUUUUCAAAAUUGUAACAUUCGUUGAAAAUGUUAAAAAAUUCAUUCUACAAUCGGAUAUUUUUUGCUGUAAUUAUAAAUUUUUACAAAAAUGGACAAUUUACUUAAAUAAUUAUACAGUAGAAAAUUAGAAAUUUGUUCAAAAAUUCACAAAGAUUUUUUUCUGCUGCUGAACAGGUCUGAUCUAAGCAGAAUUUGCCGAUUCAGGCGCCUGAAGCAUUAUUUUACCGGAUUCACAGUGAAUGAUUUCCUCUACUAACAGAGAUCUUCUUUAGUGAAAUUACUGAACAACGUGGAAUUUUACUAGCAAUGUGAAAUUGACACUAUUAACGCGUUAAAAUAACGCUUCGAGCGCCUGAGUCAGCUAAGUCAGCUAAUUCAGCUCAGCUCAGACCUAUUUAGCAGCAUAAACAUACUCUCUGAAAAUUUCUAAAUUGAUCAGGAAUAUUUUUUUUUUUUCAAAUAAUUAAAUUUCAUUCUGAAAAUUAACAAUUUCUUCUCAAAAAAAAAAAAAAUUCUAAAUGUUUUGAUAGAAGUAAUUUUCUCUCGAAAAUGUUGUAAAAUUAAUUGAAGUAGUGGUUCCAUUGAGCAAUUUGCAAUAAUUCAAAAUACACUCAAUUCCAAAAUCAAAAGGUUCCGUUCCAAUACCUACAAAAAAAAUCUGUAUUCCAAAAAUAAGUUGCACCAAAUCAAAUUUACAUUCGCACUGCCUAAUACAACUAAAGCCUGAGCUCUCAUUUAACAUGCAAUUCAAUUUAAUCUCAACAUCAAUUGCGUUGGCAUGUCCAGCGUUACUAACACCGCAAAUUCUUAAUUAUAUUCUAGGCGAUACGUCUGGCGAUCAGUUCACCGCCCACCUACUAACCAAUCGAAGAGCAUUUUGAGGCUGUUCUGAAAUGUUUGUCACAAAUCACGAAAUGCCAUAAAUUUCAAACAAAAUCAACUUUUCCUUAUUCAAAUAAGUUUUCUCGCUAAAAAUUAAUUUGGUUAACAUAAACAAUUUUGCUGAAUUUGUCUAAUCAAGUGCGUUUCCUUCUUGUAUUAAUUGUUAAAUUCUUUUACUAAUCUGUGAUAAUUGCGAUAAGGUCAAAAUACAGAAGUUGUGUUUUAGGUCCUGAUUUAAGUGUAUAUUUUCUCAAUUAGCCAAUUUGUUUCUGGUAGAUAAACUAACUGCGGCGAGCGUUUUAAGUUCCACAUCUAUCUGUAUACGUAAAAUGUUUAUUUUGAGGAGGACAACCGUUCGAAUUUCAAUGAAUAAGGCUCCAAUGGUCAAUAGAAAAAUGUCUCUAGUUUUAUAAUGACUGACGAGAAUAUUUUCGGAAACAAAAACUAUUUUUUGUGCAAAAAUUUUUGUGAAGAAAAAAAAAUUUAUUUUUUAAUGAGAUAAUCACACUUAAUCCAACUACAAAUAACCAAAAAAAUACUUUAUAACAAUUCAAAUUAUUUAAUCACCGCUUGUCCAGUUCGAGUUCGUUGAAAUUAUUCAUCUUGACAAUUAACAUUGUUAUAUACGUAAUAUUCCAAAUAAAUGUGCUCAAUUGCCUCAUGUCUAUAAUUGA